CCUAGGUGCGGUAGGGGUGUCCACGGUUGUCAGAAGCUACACGCGAUGGUGCCGCUCGCCUCAGAGCGGCAACGAGACGGUCAGACUUCCGCCGCAAUGCUGUACCCUGCAGCGGGGCGCAAAGUCACCCCUAGGCUCCGCCUCCUCAGCCCGCCGCUCGGCACGCUCCUAGCGGCCGAGACAAGAAGCUCGUGGCGGGCCCCUCAGUGUGGCGCGGUCGUGGAUCGGAAGGGGUCCCGCUCCCGAAACGGCAAGGGAGCUGGCGAGCUAAGAAUUCUUGCGCCGCUAGGCGCAGGUUAGGAUUUGGUGACGCAGGAGGAAGGAGUUGAUGUUAAAAGGUUGCUUGCUCGAGCUGGUUGUGGCUGAAAAGGAAACGACACAAAGAUAUAGGAGCAGAAUAGAGUUGAAAGUGCUUGUGAAUGUGCAACGAGCCUAAGGAUAGAGCAGAUUGCUGGAAAUAAAGGGUGGAAGAAGUCACGAAGGGUGAAGAAAACAAAGGGCGAAAUGAGUAAAAGAUUAAGUUAUCUAUGUUGCACAAUGCAAACAGAGCAGUAGAGCUGGCGCUCGGUGCGUUACGAUAUACAAGAGAGAAAGCACUCUGGAGAAAUAGCCUAGGUCAAGCUGAGUACGAAAAGGCUGCCGCUAUCGUUGAGGCAGCAGUUUUUAAGGAAAAAGUCACCCAAAAAAGUGGUAGCAGCGUGGUGAAAAGUUGUGAUCAGGUCUGGCUUUAGUGCGUCGGAAGUGUUGAAGACGACGCUGAUGACGUCGAUUACCGCAUCGUUCAUGAGCGGUGGCUGUGUGCUUGUGAAAUGUUCUAAAAGCAACCAAUAAAGGUUGUUACGGCAAAAUGAGGAAUCCGAAAUAAAUGCGAAAAAAUUGUGUACGGUCUACGGUGUACGUUAUUGGGAAGUACAACUCUGUACAAGAAAGAAGACAGAUAUAGCAGAAGCAGCCGCGAUUUGAGUAGAGAAAUAAGGAUGUGUUUUGCUUAGCAGUGGAGACAAAAGGUGAAGCAAACCAGACACAACCUCUGAAGGCCCUAGAAGGCCACCCCGAAGACCACCCGGGGUCGCCUGAUGGAUUACCCUUGUCCAGUUUGUUGCCUUCGGGUAGGCGCAGGACCGAAGUAAUGAACAAAAAAGUGAAGUGAGCAAGUGAACAAAGUGUAAAGGAAGGAAAAACAGCUAGAAUUUCUAGAGAUAGCGCGUGUCAUAGCCAAUAGCGGCCGUACCACUGUUAACGCCUAUUCAAUUUCACUGCCAGAGAAUAAAAGUGCAUUGACGAAAUAACAACUACAAAAAAAAAACAGUGCUUAGAUUGAUUCUCCUAAAAGUCUUGGAAAUAAAAGAAUCACAAAAAGAUUAGACGAAACCACCCACCAAAGUUAAUUUCAAAACGAAAAGAAAAAAACUUCUCAGACGCUAAAUUACUCAUUAAACUUCAUUAUCAUCAAGCUCUCUUCGUCUCAGGAGUGUUCAGCUACAUCAUGUCAUUUUUGAACGGAGGGAAGCCGGCUGCCAACGCUCAUGAAGCCUUCGAACUUGGCAACAUAAAGUCCACAAUCAGGAACUUGCCAAACACCCAAAUCGGGUCCAAAGUAUUCGGUCGGUUCCGUGGUGACGGCGGCGUGUCAAAAUAUGGUCAGCUAGAUGAGGACGAAGGUGGAUAUCAAGAGGGUGGUGCGACUGCCCCUGGAGGCUUUGGAGAAACUGGGGGAGUUUCCGGAGCUGGAGAACCUGUUCAUUCUGUUGACCACGUGGAAAUCGACCAUGGACCACGAGAUUGGCGAAAACAUAUGGAACCAAACUGUCCGUGUGCGCCAAAUAUGUCGAAACGGAUGACGGUAGCUGUACUAUCGUCUAUUGGAUUCCUAAUCUCGUUCGGCAUACGAUGCAAUUGGGGUGUUGCUAUUGUUCAGAUGACCAGUAACACAACAGACGAGGGUCCUGAGUUCGACUGGAAGGAAUCGACAAUCGGUUUAAUUGACUCGUCUUUCUUUUGGGGCUAUCUAGUAACACAAGUACCAGGCGGAUUUCUGGCGGCCAAGUAUCCCGCGAAUCGAGUAUUUGGAACAGCUAUUGCAUGUUCCGCUGCGUUGAAUAUACUGAUUCCGGCUGCAACGGGCGUCGGUGUCGGAGCCAUCAUAUUUGUCAGGGUGAUGCAGGGAUUAAUUGAGGGGGUUACAUACCCAGCUUGUCACGGCAUAUGGCGCUUUUGGGCUCCGCCAAUGGAGCGAAGCAAAUUAGCAACGUUGGCGUUCUGCGGCUCGUAUGCAGGCGCGGUGGUUGGCAUACCACUGUCAUCCUUUCUUACCAGCGUCUUCGGCUGGCAGUGCUGCUUCUACUUCUAUGGCAUAUGCGGCAUUAUAUGGUACGCAACAUGGCUAUGGCUAAGCUUUGAGCGGCCUGCGUUCCAUCCUACAAUCUCGGCGCAGGAACGGCAGUACAUCGAAGAAUCUCUCGGUUCGACCUGUCAAAGUGCGCCAACCCUAUACAAUACACCCUGGAAAUAUAUAUUCACAUCCCUUCCUGUAUGGGCAAUUAUCGUUGCAAACUUCUGCCGAUCGUGGACAUUCUAUUUACUGAUCUUAUCUCAACCGAUGUACUUCAAGCAGGUCCACAAACUUCCACUUUCAGAGUCGGGUUUCCUGGGGGCCUUGCCACAUCUGUUAAUGGCAACCGUUGUACCGUUUGGGGGUCAACUUGCCGACCGUCUCCGGAAAAGACAGAUACUCACAACUACACAGGUUCGAAAACUAUUCAACUGCGGUGGUUUUGGCAUGGAAGCUCUCUUCCUGCUUUUUGUUGCCUUCACGAGAUCUACAACCUUUGCCAUUAUCGCACUGAUUCUCGCUGUCGGCUUCUCCGGAUUCGCCAUCUCUGGAUUCAACGUAAACCACCUAGACAUCGCACCUCGUUAUGCGUCCAUCUUGAUGGGUCUGUCCAACGGUGUCGGUACGAUUGCGGGCAUGAUGUGCCCCAUCGUUGUUGAGUGGAUCACAGACAGAAAGAAACCGGAUAAAGCUGCUGAACAGUGGCAGCGGGUAUUCAUCAUUGCUUCCCUUAUCCAUUUCGGAGGGGUGAUCUUCUACGCGAUCUUCGCGUCGGGCGAAAAGCAACUAUGGGCGGAGCCCGCCAAAGAGGCGGAACCCGUCGGUCAGCAGUCAGGGCAACCGUUCCAUCAAGCAGGGAGACAGAGUGGUUAUAUCGACCAAACAGGGGGUCAGGGAACGGCACCCCCUUCAUACGGUUCGAACGCUGAGACGAACUUUGUCUACGACCCAACCUCGCAGCAAGUCAUUCAGCCUUCCAGGCCACCGCCUCCUGUUGCUCCCAGUAUGCCAGCUUACCAAGUCCAGCAACCUGUGUAUGAUCCGAAUGCAGCCUGGGGCGAAGAAGCUUCUAGCCAACAAACCUCGUACACAACUAGCAACUAUCCGUCAGGUUACAAUACGCAACGACAGUGGUAGGGACAUCUAGAUCCAAAAAGAGGAACACGAAGGGAAAGACACGGCCAUUUAUUUUGUAGACACAAGCGGAGGGCGAUGAGAAACACCGACAGCGGACGGAAGAACGAGGCGUACAUGAGCUUCAGUUAGCUAGAAGAACGCAGGCAACUAAUAGCUGCAUAACAAGCGAUAACAGACUGAUAACGUAAACAAGACGAUAUCAACUGAGAAACGAACUGCGAACAAUAUUAAGCUAAACACAAAUGAAAUCUAUGUUAAGGUGCUUGCGCCCAUAUGACAUUCAUCGUCGAUUCACUAUCAAACAUACUAUAUAUAUAUAUAUGAGAAUCUACGGCGAAUAGCGCUUUACGGGGAGGCUAACCAGGUUGUAGCAGCUGAAGGGACGCACGCUUAGAACGACAACGAGUAUUUUACCUAACCAGCAGUGUGGAUCACGACAGAUAUCGAAAGAUUUAACGAGAAAACGAUACGAAAUCAAUAUGAUAGAUCUUGUUUAUGAAGGUAAAACGGUGCACACGAGGCGUCGAAAAAAAUUUAAUAGGCGUAUCUAGUGAAAACAGCUGUUGGCGAGACGGCUAGAAAGAGGGAUUCAGAGGAGUGACCUCAAGCUUCCUCGGAGUUAGCGCGGAGUUACAGAACGAUGAUGAGGACGACGAUGUCAACGACGAAGGUUAACGGUAUCAGGUUUGUGACACGAGACUGUUGCUAUUAUCGUUGACAGUGGCCCGUAAAGAAGACAGUUAUUUGAAGGAAAGAUACUUAUCUCGGAAACAGGGCGGCACUGAGGGUUAUACAAAGCUAGCUAAUACAGUAUUGGACACGAACGACGUGAUAUAGCACAUCGUAAUGCAGCCGUGUGGUAAUAUAUGCAACCAGCUGACCCUAACGGCGACACGGCAUUGAACAGCAACAGCCGUAGAAUCGCGAAUCGCGCACGGACGGAGGAACGGAGAAGGGAAACCGAUGCUCGGGCAAACGGGCGGGCCUUUAAGAGUCAUACAGUUGUCAUAUAUAUAUAUAUAUAUAUACAUGCGAGCAAUCCGUAGAAAGGGACGGUUCGUUUUGAAGGACACUAUAGAAUGUUGCAGGAAAAGCCUGAAGUGUUAGAUACUGAUGAUGGCCGACACUAGCAACACGGUAUGGCAAUAUGGCUCUACGAGUCCGCUCCUUUCCUUGGACGACAUGGCCAGUACGUCCUAGUGCCACUGUGUUAUAAUAACACUUGGGUUCUAUAAGGAAAAGUGUUACUGUAUUAUCAAUUAUAGUACAUGACUACUACGAUAACCAAUAUUGUCGACAUUACAAGUAUUAUGAUAACGUAGUUGUGGAACAAUAUAUACUGAGCAGUCUUUCGAAGCGACGCCUGACGACAAGUAUUCCCGAUGCAACGGCGACAACGUUGGUUAGACGGAUCACGACACAUGCUCCGCUUAACGCUCACGGCUGUUCAGUCGCAAUCAUCUAGCCCGAACUAGAAGAAGCCGUCAGAGAGUGCUCGCAAUACGAUCCAUUGCCUCAACUCGUACUAUACUGAUUACUUGACUGGACGUAAACUCACAAAGGAAUGAUGACUGAUGAUAGUAACGAUGAUGGUAGUGGUAGUGGCGAUGAGACUCGAAACGGGAAGGGGUGGAGAAGCCCGAGUAGAAAAAAAAGUCCACAGAAAAACGAAUAACGGACACGUUAACAAACGAUGGCAAACAAGACGGUGUCAAAGAGGUAAUACACACAGUUUAUCUGUUCUCGGGGUGAUAUCGAAGCAUCCUAUAAUUUCAAAAAGUAUUGUUAUCAUUACCAUACGAUAAUAUAUCUAGUUGUAUGCUAACACAAAUGAAUAAGCCGAUUACCAAGCGUGUUAUAAACAUUGGCUAUUCGCUCAUCAUAUAGAAGAGAAACACAGAUUCGAGAAUGAGGAUAGCGAGAGGUAUAUAUGGCAGUGGUCGUAAAGGGGCGGAAUGGAGGUCAUGUCAAUGGACUGUGCCUCGCCAACGGUAACUUGCGCCGAUUGUGGGUAGGCAGAACACAGAGGAUAAGCCGGACAUUUUAUUAUCGAGUUUGUUUAAAUCUUUGCAACUUUGUUGUUUAUGCCUGUGGGCCAUUUCAGGACUCAUCACCCCCCAACAUAAUACCGUGAGAUCGCUAGAGAUAUUACUGGAACAAACCGCACUCUGCCGUUGUUACAAGUGUCGCCUGUCACUAAUUCAAACGAUAGAAUGAGAGUAAUUAUAGAACUAUAGUGCUCGUAACGUUACUUAACCGACUGAGAAAAUGAAACUUAUCAUUCCCAUUAUUUUUUGUAGUCGGUGUUUGGCCAGGGUUGUUCGGAACGCCAACAUCCCAAAAUUUCGCUGUUUUUUAACGGACUGAAGUUUAUUUAGGAAUCGCAUUAACGUUGUUUUGCAACGUUGUUUACGUAAUUGUUUCGUGAGGCUAAAGUACGAUAAGUUCAGUGUGCGUGAUCGUUCACGUCAGUUCAGGUGUUUCCUAUUCGUUUGUUCGAUAUGAUGUGGAAAACAUAGCUCAGAAUCGUAGCCCGGUUGGGGCAAUUAGCGGCUGUGUAUUUUGGUUUGUAACAAGUACGUGCCGAUCGCUGUCACGUGCAGGACGUUUGUAAAGAAAAUCAUCUAAGUAACACAUCGAAAGUUCUAAAGGAUAAUAUGGUUUUCGCCGUUCUCUCUCUUUGCAUACAGCGUGUGAUCGAGUGUAAGUUUACAGUACGUUUUUUACAAAGAAAUCAUUGAACUUGAGUUUGCGGGCCCCGAAGUAUAGUCAAGUACCUGACGACAAUACGCACUCAUCAAGCUGCUAAGAGGAAGAAAUAAGCAGACGCGUCAAAGCUCUUCUAGCUGCACAGGAACUUACCGGUUUUCGUUUAUCAGGUACGAGAAAAGUAGCAUCCAGCUAAUAUCUGCGCUUGUGAACUUCGUCAAGCAAUUAAUCAGCAAUGGAUAGAGUGUGACCCAGUCAUCGGCAGACGUUUCUAAGUUGCUUUCUCUUAAGCACCAUCCCGCAUUCCCGCUCACAGUGCGUCGUCAGCGCGUCUAGCCUAGACAACGACGGUACGCUAAUACCGAGAGCUCAUUCAUGUGGGAAUGCCUAUCCUACUAGCUUUUACAUUAUGUAAUCGCCCGUGUUAGUUGCGAUCGCUUAUCGGAUUGAUUUUUCUUAGCUUGGCGUUUGAAUUAUAGUCGCUUCGAGAGCAGAAGUGCUAACAUAAACUGGAUUUUUAACAAAAUAACCGUAGAACAAAUCUUGUAUGUUAACCGAUUGUACUGAAUACCUAAUUACUGAGCACGUUUUAAUAGCCAUUUAUAUGUUGUAACAGCUGGUUGGGGGCCAUCCAACUGGAUGGCUAAUAGAAACGUGACUGGUAAAGAGAUAACAAGAUGAGUGCUACUGAUAAGGGUGACAGCGUUACUGCGACUGUUUUUAUUCAUUAGCUGUUGAGUACUGUUCAACUAAACGUUGAUCGUUGUAUAUUGGAAGUGGAACGAGUAAAAGCACCGCUAAAUGAGGGAAAGCUGUUCAAUGGCUAGACGAAGGGUAUUGCGACGGUCUGAAGAACGGGGCGAGAUCAGGCAUGAACAUAGGCUCACAAGACAAUACUAGGCCAAUAGCAGUGCAGCCUAAAUCGGCUAUUUCACAGGGAUGAACUGAAUGGCCGAAGCGAUGCUAGAGGCUUCCCUGACUCAACGAAUGAAGUUGUGAGGCCGUCCUGCCCUGCCGCAAAUGAAACGAGAAAGCGCUCAAAAAGCAGUGAAAGAAUCAGUUAAAGAUACGGUAAUACAAGGAUAUAUAUAUAUAUAUCGCGCACAGCCGUUAGAUCUUGCAGCAAUAGUACUCAUAACGGGCUGUGCAAAUCGACAGUACGAAAACAUCUCACAGCUUUUGCUUCACUACAAUCGACAAAUAAGAAGAUAGACUUUGUUGCGUUGUAAAAAUGUAUGUUUUUCUUUCUAUUAGCUGGA